AUGUCAAAAAAAACUAAGGUAAAUAAUUUGAAAAAGAAAAUCACAAUUUAAAAAAAUAAAAAUGAGGAUUUAGUUGAAGAACAAAUUAAGUUAAUAUCAGAAUGGGAUGAAGAUGAAAACAGUUAAAUAUAAAAUAAUGGUAGUAAUUAUGAAGUAAAUAAAUAAUAAUAAUAAAAUUAAAAUAUAAAAUAAGCUUCAAUCCAUUAAAAUAUUAUCUACAAAACUGAUAACUAAUAAAAAAAUGUAUUAAAUAUUGACUAAAAAUAAAAUUAGGAUUAAGAAUUUGUAUCUUAAUUAAAUAGUAUAAAUGAUGUAUCUUAAAAGUUAUUAACAAAUUUGCCAUAUAACGCAAAAAAUAUGACAAGAGAUAAAUUCGAUCCUAAAAGCUCUUAAAAUUAAAAGCUGUUAAAGCUAAAUACAAACGAUUAAAAUAAUUUAUUUUCUGCGUAAAAUAUUAAAUCAACAAGAGUUAUAUAAGAUGAAAAGUCAAAUUAAAGAAGAAAAUCUUUGAAAGGAACUGCUGAUUAAAAAAAAACUACAACUAAAAAUGAAGAUGGUGAUUAAGAUGAUUUUGAGUAGAAUUUUGAAAAUUUUUUUGGUAAGUUAGAAAAAAAGACAGGAGCUUAAGGAGUCUAGAAAAAUAAAUAACCACUUAAACUUGGAUAAUUUAAAUUUAAAUAAAAACCCAUUAAGUAAUCCUCGAUAGAAAUUUUACAAGAAGAAUAUUAUACAAAUUUAUUUAAAUUGGUCUACUAAGAUUAUAAUCCUCCUUCAAUAACAAAAAAUAAUUAAACUAAUAACUAGAAUAACAGUGCUGAUUUAUUUGAUAAAAUUUAGUAGUCAGAAAAAAAUUUUCUUCAGUAGGAAUUAGAAUAGUUGGCAAUAUAAAUGGGAUUUAGUCCAAAAGAAGUUGAAUAGGAUUAUGAGUUAUUUUAAAAAAUGGUUUUGACGUAAAUUGAUGAUGAAAUUGAAAAAGAAACAGAUCCAUUAAAUAAUGUUGUUUACUUUAAUAACUAAAUUUUAAAAAUAGAAAAUAAGCACCCUUUUUUUAAUAGAUACAUGACUAUAAUUGAAGAUUUGCAAAAACAAUAUAUUACAAAUAAAAAUAUAAAUGAAGAAGAAUAAGAAGGAUAUUUUAGUAAAAAAAAAGUUGCAACUCAAGUACAGUUUAAAUAGCAAUCAUAAUAAUAAUAGCUUACUUCUUAAAACUCAGCUUAGUUAAGUCGUUUAUCAAGUAAAAGUAGUGUUGUUACAAGAGACAACCUUUCUUCUGUUUCAUAUGUCACCAAGGGAUUAAGAAGAAAAAGAACUUAAUAGUCUUCACAGGCUUCUGUCAAUAGCAUAAGAUCAACUAAAUCUAAUGUAAUAGUUAAAAAACCAAAUAAAAAACAUCUUUACAAUCAUCCUGAAGUGUUCACAAUUGUAGAUAAUAAUUGUUAAAUGACGUAAACAAAGUUAAACGAAGUUCUUGGCUAAUUAGAAGAGAUUAAAGAAGAUUUCGGCGAUAAUUUAAAGAUUAACAAUUUUGAAUAUGCGACUCCAAAAUAAAUUAUCAAUUUAUUAAAUAAAGCUUAAACAUAUUAUGAAGAUUAUUACGGGUUUAAUCUAGAAUAGCUUCAGUAUUUAAUUCAAAACUAAAUUUCUUACUGGAAGUUAGAUCCUUAGGAUGUUGCUUAAGAGAUUGUAAAUCUAUAGAUUUAUGAUUUUGAGGAUAUAUAUUGGAUAGCUAGAGUUAAACUUAGCAUAGAAUUACCACCAGACUGGAUUAAAAUCUACCAUAAUUAACUCAUUUAUAAAAAUAUUAUCAGUAACUUAGCUAUGACUAUUCAUCCUUGUCAUUCUUAUAUUAGAGCACUUAUUAAAAAUGAAUAUGAUAAAUUAAAGGAAGGAAAAAAUUAAAAUAAAAAUAAUAAUUUAAUCUUAUUAUACAAAGACUAAUAAGGUGGUACACAAAUAGUCUUCUAAUUUAGCAAAUCUCAUUUCAUGAUUUUUAAAAAUCACCUAAAUGAAGAAUAUAGCAUAGAUAUAAACUUAAUUGUAGCUGACAUUUUAAACAAUACUAGUGAAAAAGUUAAAGAUUUAAUGUAACAUAAAAUUAGCUAAAAUGAUAAAAAAGAUAAUAAUUACAAGUCUGUAAAAGAAUUAAUAAUGGAAACUGAAAAUAUAGAAAAUCAAAUUUUAAAAGUAAAAAAUAAAAAUGAAGAAGAUGAUAUAUUAAAUAACUAAGAAGAGCAUGGAUAACUCAGUUUAGAUUAAUUAGAAAAGGAAGAAGAAAUAAAAUAAGAUACAGACUUUGGAUACUAUGAUAACUAGAAUUAAUAAGCAAUAUAAGAAAAUUAAAAACAAAAGAUAUUAAAAAAAAAUAAAAAAAGGAAGCAAAUUUAUUAAGAAAAUUUGCUAGAUGAUCAUCUUUUAAUAAUCUGCUAGGAGGUAGAUAUUCAAUUACCUUAGGAAGUUCAUUUAUUAGCAUUAGUAUCAGAAUACCUACUUUAUAUCGAAAAAGACCCUAAAAAAACAAAUUGGAGAUUCAGAGUUAAUUAAGAAACAGGUUUUCAUUAUUGGAUCAAUAAAGAAAAAAAUGAAACAGUCAAAUAAUUUCCUUACAAAUAAGAAUUAGAAGAGAUAUUAGACUAUUAUUAGAAAACAUUAGAUCAAGAAUCUCAAAGAUUCAAACUAAAAAAGGGAGUGUUAAAACACAUUCUUUAAUACAUUGUUAAAUCUGAGGAAGAGAACGAAAUUACUAUUUUUUCUCAGCUUUAAAAAGAAGCCCAAAAUUUUGUGCUUCAUUUUAUUUCACAUUACAAAAAAUUUGAAAAUAUUUAUGAAUAUGAUCCUAUCUUAAAUCACCCUUAAAUUACUUAUCGUCACUUUUUAUUAGAAUAGGAAGGAAUUGAAUUUUAUUCCUUAAAUAACAUUAAUAAGUAUUUAAUUGGUGAUAAAAUAAUUUUACAAGAUGAUUUGAAGUAGUAGCUACUAUUUUGGUGGCCUUACUAGCUUUAACUUAAAAAAUACCUUGAUAAAGAUGUAGCUUAAAAGGUUAAGAAUACAAAUGAAUUACUUUAAGAUGAACAAUUUUUAUCUAAUGCAUUUGAUAAAGAUGAGUUUGAAGAGGUUCUUGAGCUAUCUAUUCAUCUAGAGGCUUCAUCGGAAGAAGAAGAUGAAGCAGAAGAAGAAUAUGAAAGUUAUGAAGAUGAUGAUGACGAAGAAGAAGAAGUUGAAGGAGAAGAAGAGGUUAAUGGUCAGUCGAGUCACUCUUAAUCUGUUUCUAGUGAAGGGAGUGCUAAAAACUAAUCUGAUUUAUCUGAUUCAUCCUCUUCCAGCUCUCUUGAUUCAGAUGAUAAAUAAUUAAAAAAUUCAAAAGAGCUUGAUGAAAAGAGUAAUAAAAGUUAAAAAGGAAGUGCUCCUUAAAGUCCUACUUUAUCAAAUUCUGUAAGCAGAUAAAGUAGUUUGCUAAAACAUGGUCUUUUUUAAAUGUUACAAGAAAGAUAAAGAAGCAGAUCCUUAUUAGGUAGCAGAAAAAAUAGUAUUGAUUAAAAAUAAAUUAAUUCUAAAUUUAAUUAAUCUUCUAAUGGAGGAAAACCUGGUAUACUCAAGGUGCUAUAAAUGUUAAAGGAGAAUAAAAGUGUUUCAACAAAUAUUUCAGAAGAAAGCAAAGAGCAGACUGAUGCAUCAUAAAAUACUGAACAAAAUAGUGCAGAACCAUAAAAACCAUUAUCAGUGCUUUCCAGAUUUAAAAGAGCAGCAAUUAAUGCUGCCUAGUAAAAUUUACAUAUAAAGAAUUAAACUUCAUAAUUGAAUAGCAUUUAAGAGAACGAAAAUAAUAUUUAAGAAGAUUAAAAUGAAAAAAAUUAAUAAAACUAAUUAGGUAAUCAAGUUUAAUAAUAAGAAUAAAUUUAAGGUGCUCAAAUUAAUGAAGACUAACUAAAUGCUUAACAACAACAUGGUUAAGAGACUGAUAAUAAAUAAAACAAAAAACAUUAGAAAGAUAGAAAAAAAUAAGAAGAAAAAAAUAAAAAUAAAGUUGAUGAUGAUCAAAUUAUGGGUAUUGCUCAAUUAGCUGGUGAAAUUUUUGAAAAGGUGCAUAAAAAAACUAAAAAAAGAAGGAAAAAAGUGGUUGAAAAAAAGCCAGAAAAACUUGCCUUAAAUCAAAUUUUCAAAAAAUACAAUGGCAAUAUCAGAAAAAAUAGAAUUAAAGAAAAGUUCGAAUAAGAAAGGCAAAAAGUUUUAUUAGAACUUAAGCUUUUAAGAUAAGAGCAAAAUAAGAAUAUUGAAAAAAAGAAAAUGCCCAAGAAAAAAAAGAAAAUAAAUCUCUAAAAUAGCAGUGAUGAAGAGGAGGAAGACUUUCUUAAUGAGUCUGCUUUUUUAAGUUAAGCUUCCACUUAAAGAGAUUACUUUAGAUCAUCUUAAACCUGGUUUGAAGAUUAAAAUUCAACAAUCCCAAAUAAUGAGCAGAAAGAUGGGAAGAAAGCUAAAAAACCUACAUAUGAACAAAAGAUUAAAUAACAAGUUGUUCAGAAAACUCAAAUUGAUUUAAAGAAAAAGAAAGAAGCAAUUAAAAAAUUUAAUUAUCAAGAUUUUUUUAUGAGAGAAAUAAAUGAAAAUUAUUUCUACAAGCAGGAUUUAAAGAAAAUGAGAGCUGAUAUAAGAGAAUAGAGAAGAUGCAAAAUCAAAGAGCUUUUUGAUAUGAUGUAAAAAGAAUAUAUGGAGCUAAAAUAAGAGCAAGCUUAAAUCAAAGUAAUUGAGUAAUUCCAAUUUAUUAAUGAGCAAAAUCAAAAACCAGAUUCAUUUUUAUCCCAAUUCGAAAAAUAUUACUUGUAAAAGAAAGAAAUGUUCAAAGGAAUUUCUGAUAAACUUGAUUCUUUGUUGUUAAUUACUUCGAACCCUAAUGACAGAAUUUCACUCCCUAAGAAAGCUAUUCCAGAAAAUUAAGAAAACAACAGAUAAAAUAUAAUCCAUAAUUUUCAUAAAGACAGUGUUGUUAAAGUUUACAAAAUCAAUAAUACUAUUCCUUAAUUUAAAGUAGACAGAUUUCGCUCUGCAUCACCAAUCUCUAAAAACAACUAAUAAAAUAAAAAAUAUCAAAAUAUAUUUGAGUAAGAAAUAUAAGUUGAAUAAGUGAAUCAAUGUUUAAAACCAAAAUUAUAACCAUUACAAUCUCGCCCAUCAACUUCUUCUUAAUCAACAAGACCAUGCACAGCAAGGAGCACAAGUGCGAAAUCUAGUAAAAGAAAAGUUAUUGACGCGUCUUUAAAAAUACCAAACCAAAACAAAAUUUAGGAAAUAAAAGUAAAAAACUAAAAUUUUAUCAAAGUUCAAAAUAUAAUUGAUGCAAAUCUUGAUAAUGAAAACAUAAAUAAAUAACAAUAAGAAGAAUUUAAGUUGCAAGAAUAAGUAUUAAAAGGUUGUGAUAAAAUAGAGAAUUAAAGAAGCUAAUCUCCUUCCUCUAAACAAAUUAAACCUUCAUCUCCUAAUAAUUAAAAUCAACAAUAGAUUUCUUGUAUUUAUUAACCAAAAAAAUUAGAUUUUUCUAUUUCCAGAGAUUUGAUGAGUAGGAUAAGAGUGAAUAGACUUUUAGAGAAUCUUUGUGAUUAAAAAUCAGAUUAUAUAAAAGUAGAAUAAAAAGAUGGAAAUAAAUUUAGAAAUUACUUUAAGUUAAUAUCUCUUGAUCAGUUAUUUGAUUUAAAAUAUUCUUUAUUAGAAGAAAAGCUUAAUCAGUUGAUUUUUGAGUUUAUUAUGAAAACUUGUAAAGGGAUUUAACCUCAAUAAAAACUUGCUUUUGAAGAGUCUUCUGAGCUUAAAAUUAGAUUUUAUUUUAUGUUUUAAGAUCUUUUUCAUAGAAUAAAACUAUUUUUAUAUUCUCUUUCUUCUAUUUAAUGCUAUAAAGAUUAUUUUUAUGCUUUUUUGAAUAGAAAAACAUAACUGCUUUACAAAAUAAUUAAUGUAAAAUUUGGUAUUGAGAUUUAAAAUAAAAUUAAUGAUAAAAUUUAAUUGAUAUUUCCUAAGCUUUUAGAGGAAUAAGAGCUAUAUUUAGAUUAAUUUUAAAAUGGUUUUGAUUAUGUAGAUUCCCCUUUUACCCAUAAUCCUUUCAAAAUAAAUUUCAACAUAAUUGAAUAAGACUUCUUCAUUGAUUAAAUCAAAGAUUAUGUUUAAAAUAAAUAUGAAUCUGAAAUUAGGAAAAUAGAGAACUAUAAAAGACAUUUAUGGAGAUAAGAAAAACUUUAAUAGAUUAUUUAAAGAAGAAAAUUAAAUAAAUAAUUGGAUGAUGAGUUAAAAAUAUUGGAAAGAGAGAAUGAAUCAGAAAGCGACGAUGAGCAAGAAGAUGAAAUAAAAAGAUUAGAAAAACUUACACCAGAGCAGCUGCAUUUACAAUUUAUGUUAGAAAAAUACAAUGAAAAUUAAAUUCCUUAUUAAAGAUAAAAAGAUAAAUCAAAGAAUAUUUAAGAAAAUCCUUAAAUAGUAGUGAAAUUCUUACCAAGGAUUAUAGAAAAUUAAGAAAAAGUUUAUUAUUUAAAAUAAAAUCAUAGGAUGUUUAGAAUUUUGCUAACUGAAAUAGGUUAAAUUCAUAAAGUUAAUAAAAAUAAUAUCUUAAAGUAUGAAGUUUUUAACAGUAGUCUUUUAACUCCAGAUCAUGUAUUCAGAAUGGCUAAAAAGCUAAAAUUUGACAAAAAUUUUUCUCUCUACUGGAUUUCUUAUCUAUAUUGCAUUUUUAUUAUAAGAUAUUCUCAAGAUUUGAUUUAAUAAUAAUUUAAAAAUAAUGAAGCUUUAGGCAAAAAUGAUUCUUCUAAUUAUUUAAGCGAUUAGAAAAAUACCUAAUAAAAUAAUUAAGGAAAUGACUUUCUAGAAAAAUUCAUUGAAUCAGAGAAUGAUUAUGAUAUUUAUUUUGAGGUAUUAGCUGAAUUUUAAGCUAUAAAAAGUGAUCUUCUACAGGAAUUCUUAGUUCCUAAACAAAAGUUAGAGUAUUUAGAGGUUAUUAACUGGUUUUAGUUUAUUGAUGAGACAAUACCUUUUUAGGUAGUUGAAGAAAAAAUAGAUUUAGUUCAACUGUACAAAUAGCCAAUUAAACUCAAGCCAAAAGAAGAAAUAUUCUUUUUGAAUGAAGUCAGGCACAAUCCAAAAGUAUUUUAUUUUAAUACUUUUACCUAAACUAAAAGAGCAGAUAUGCCAUAAAACAUUAUAGACUUGAAAAGUAAAUACUUAAACUCAGAAAAAGUAUUACUAUCUGAUAUAAUUUAUUAAAUAUCUGAAUUAAUUAUGGCAAAGCAUUGA